AUGGCUUCAGCUUGUGCGAGCCAUGACGCGCUGACCGGGUACACACCUGCAGCCCACGACCUCGCGUUUCUGGACGCAAGCCACAGAGCUCCGGCCGUUCGUGGACUGCUGUACAAGGACCGCGAGAGGCCGCAGCGAGACAAUGCUCACGUGCACUGGGAUGAGCAGUGCAUCGCAGAGCACGACAAGGAGCGGGGUACUCGCCAAAAGAUCGACGAGCCUGACACUCCUUUCAUUCGCAGCCCUGAAUCUUCGAGUGACGAGGAGGAGGAGGCUUUCGCACCUUCGACGUCGACCUCCUCCAAACGACAUGAAGAGCUCGACGAUGAGACGAGGAUCGCCACGUCGCCAACUUCGAUG